GCCCUUGGUCUCGAUAUUAUUAUUAGCCUAACUUUCCCGGCGACCGAGAAGAAAGAUACUCUACGUCGUCGCGUCCGUAAAAUUAUCGCGGCGAUUAUUAUUGAUGAUGCGUAAUUGUAAAUUUAAUAAACGUCAAGAAUACACGAGACGCAUGCCGGCGUAAUUGACGGGUGACAGGUUCGAUAACGGAUUAUAUUGUAUCGUAGAAAUGUCUGUGUUACGCGCCGCUUUAUUCACCUGUCGCGAUAAUUGCUCUAUUUCAAGGUAUUCCUUGCAGAAGUUUGUUCUGCAAGGAAGGAGUCAAAACGUGUGGGGAGCAGCAAAACGAGAAUUAUUUAACAAAGUUAUUCCAAGAUGUGCCAAGGAAAAUGUGAACAACCAAGGGUUGUCUUCGUACAUUUUAAAAUUUGGCUUUAGCGGACUUGGAGUAACAGCUGCUUGCAUCUUAAGAUCACGUAAUCAAAUUGUAUUUUGUAAAGAAGCUAAAAGAAUAAACGACAUAAGUUCAGUCAACCCGGGUAAGCCUGAGCUGACCUUUGAGUGGACAAAAUUUUUUAAGUAUUUGUAUCCACAUAUUUGGUAUUUAUUAUUGGCAUUGUCAAGUGCAUUAAUAGUCGCAUUGUUAAACAUACAAAUACCGCAAUGCGUUGGAAAUGUCAUAAAUGUACUGUCGGAGAUAUGUCAGACUAAAAAUGAAUCUGUGAAGCAAGUCAUCUUACAACUUACUCAGCCAGCUUUCGUUUUGGGUCGCAUGUACCUUGCGCAAGCGUUUUUUACCUUUGUAUAUAUUUAUACUCUUUCACAUGUUGGUGAAAGGGUUGCAGUGAGCUUACGUCAGGAUUUGUUCAAGUCUAUUAUCAUGCAAGACAUAGCGUUUUUCGACAAGACACGCUCCGGUGAAAUAGUAAGUCGACUGACUAGUGAUAUUCAAGAUUUUAAAAGCUCAUUUAAGACCUGCAUAUCCCAAGGCUUGAGAAGCCUCACGCAAAUUAUUGGCUGUAUCGUCUCUGUAAUAGUGAUAUCACCGCAAUUGACCGCUCUCGUGGUAUUCAGUUUACCCCCGAUAAUUUUUAUCGGUACUCUUCUGGGUAGAAGUUUGCGCAAGCUGUCGAUGGAGGCGCAGAAUCAAGUUGCGAAGUCCACCGCCGUAUGCGAGGAAGCCAUACAAAAUAUCCGAACGGUGAGAGCUUUUGCUGCAGAAGAAAAAGAGGCGGAGAUGUUUUACAAAGAAAUCGAACACUCGUCUGAUUUGUACGAACGACUAGGUUUCGGCAUAAGCUUCUUCCAAGCGGGAACGAAUUUACUGCUUAACGGUAUCCUACUCUCCACACUAUAUCUCGGCGGACAGUUACUCUCCACAGGGCAACUGUCUCCGGGAAAUCUCAUGGCAUUUUUAAUGGCUACGCAAACCAUACAGAAGUCUUUGGGCCAGGUAUCAGUGCUCUUUGGAACCUUCGUCAGGGGGCAAAGUGCGGGGGCCAGGAUUUUCCAGUAUCUAGAUAUGCCGCCUUCACCAAUGAUGACCGGUGGUGACGUAAUCGCGGAUAAAUCUCUGGCGGGCAACAUAGUUUUCAAAGAUGUGAAUUUCAGUUACCCAACUAGACCUAAUCAUGUUAUUUUGAAGAAUUUCAAUUUACAUAUUCCCGCUGGAAAAACUGUAGCAAUUGUUGGUACCAGCGGUAAUGGUAAAUCAACGGUAGCUAUAUUAUUAGAAAGAUUUUAUGAUGUUGACGGAGGCUCCAUUACUAUUGACGGUCGAGAUAUUAGAUCUCUUAACUCAAGUUACCUCAGAGGCAACGUUUUGGGUUAUAUAAAUCAAGAGCCUACUUUGUUCGCUACCAGUAUUAUGGAAAAUAUUAGAUACGGAAGACAGAAUGCAACCGAUGAGGAGGUCAUCGAGGCAGCUAAAGAAGCAAAUGCACACGAGUUCAUAACGAAGUUUCCAGACGGCUACGCGACCGAGGUUGGCGAAAGAGGCACGCAGCUUUCUGGUGGACAAAAGCAACGUGUUGCUAUCGCUAGAGCCUUGUUGAAACAACCGUCUAUUUUAAUUCUGGAUGAAGCAACAAGCGCGUUGGACUACGAAAGCGAGAGAGUUGUUCAAAAGGCGAUUGAAAAUGUUACGAGAGGUAGAACAGUACUUGUGAUCGCUCAUAGGUUGAGUACCAUUAAAGGAGCUGACAUGAUUGUCGUGUUACAACGCGGUGUUAUCGUGGAGUUGGGCACGCAUUCGGAAUUGAUUAAACGGAAAGGAGUAUAUUACACACUCAUUAACGAGCAAGAAAAAGAGAACAUGUAAUAGUGAUAAGACUUAGAAAAUUAUUGGUACAAACGGUUGUGAAUCGGUAAGAGGGUAUUAUUUUUUAUUGAAUUUUUCCUGUUUUGUAAAGUAAUUUUUUCUCUCUAUACUUUGAUGUACGUAUACGAAAAUGGAUUUAUAUACUAUAUACUAUAUAAAUUAUUCGUAACUACCUCAGAAACAGGAAUCAAAUUAUAAAUCGUUAUUCAAUAAAUUAUUAUUUUAUCUAUA